AUGGUAUUCCAAUUAGCGCCACUCAAUGAAGAUACAUUAUAUGAGCAUAUCUUUGAAAGGUAUGUUGAAUUAGAGCGAAAUUCUGCCAAUCUAAAGCAGGAUCUAGGGAUCCAAUCCCGAACUGCUACUACUAUAGAGAUCGAUAUCGAACCACCACCAGUAGUACUCGAGAAAAAGAAACGGAAGAAGAGACAAAAUGAACGUCGAGCAGAUGCAGAGUUGUAUAAUGUUGUGGUAGAACAGUCUCUAAGUGAUUUAAAUUCUAGUGUCUCGAAUAAUAAUUCUACUACUGGGUAUGUUCUUUGGUCAAGUACUCCUUUCUUCAUAAGAUGGUUGUUAUAUAGUGACGAAUCGAAGCCGUUCCGUUUCCUGUGUGACGCUGUAGAAGUAACUAAUAAUCGUAGUCUGGGUGAUGAUGAUGAUGAUGAUGAUAAUGAACAAAAUGUGGAGAUUCCACCUUUAUAUAGUGUGAGAAAUGAGAAUUCGCGAGUCGGUAUAAUUGAAUUAGGUACAGGUAUCUCGCCUCUAAUGGCUGUUAUAUUAUCAAACCAUGUUGACCAUUAUGUAUGUACGGAUCAAAGAGGUAUAUUGAACAAAUUGAAACAAAAUAUUAAAGAAAAUGUAUCUCAAGUGACAAGACGUGAAUGUAUAUCUAAAUCGUUAGGAAUAGAACGUCGUGAGGUCGAGUCUACCUUGGAGACAACAGAACAAGAAGAUAAUAGUAAUAAGCGAGGAUCUAUCAAUAGCAAGUCUUCAAGAAACUCAGCAACGGUAUCUAUAGAAGUUGAAGAAUUGAAUUGGGAGAAAUUCGAUCCCAAAGUUAACCAUCCAUAUUUAACUCAAGUUAAGGACAAUUGUGACACUGUCUAUAUAGUUGCCAUGGAUGUAAUAUACAACGAGUACCUGAUAGAACCGUUUCUAACUACAAUUAUAAACCUAAGAAGCUUUUUCUCAGAUGCAGACAAACAGAGGACAACACCACCAAAUGUGCGAUGCCUUAUUGGCGUCCAUUUAAGAUCACAAGACAUAGUCACGCAAUUCCUCGAGCAAGCUGUCAUCAACCAUGAAUUGUCUGUAUACAGUAUUGCAGAUAAUGCUCUUGAUGCGUCCAGAUAUGCCAUCUACCUGAUCUAG